GUUUCUUAAUUAAUAUUAUCAUGGUUUUUUGACUCACUGAUCGUGUUGCUAUUAUUUAUUUUCAAAUAACGUUCGAUUAUAACAAUUGAUUUCUUUAUUGUAGCGUUUUCUUCAGUUUUUGUAAUCAUUCUUCUGUUGGUUGCUUAACUUUUGCUUUUCAGAUUUUAGAAGAAAUAUGCCGCAGCCACCUCGAAAAAAGAAAUGUUUGGAAAAUAAAAAUCGACAAGAGAGAGAAAGAAGUCGAAGAAGGAGACAAGAAGAAACCACUCCAGAAAGAGAAGCAAGGCAGCGACAUGACACAGAAAGAAGUCGAAGAAGGAGAGAAGAAGAAACCACCCCAGAAAGAGAAUCAAGACAACGACAGGAUGCAGAAAGAAGUCGAAGAAGGAGAGAAGAAGAACCACCCCAGAAAAGAACAUCAAGACAACGACAGGACGCAGAAAGAAGUCGAAGAAGGAGAGAAGAAACCCCACCCCAGAAAGACAAGACAAGCACAGGACGCAGAAAGAAGUCGAAGAAGGAGAGAAAAGAAACCACCCCAGAAAGAAUUAAGACAACAACAGGAUGCAGAAAGAAGUCUAAGAAAGGAGAGAAAACCACCCCGAAAAGAAAACAACACGGACCAGAAAGAAGUCGAAGAAGGAGAGAGAAGAAACCACCCCCCGAAAGGAAAUCAAGACAAACCAGGAUGCAGAAAGAAAGUCGAAGGAGAGAAGAAGAAACCACCCCAGAAAGAGAAUCAAGACAACGGCAGGAUGCAGAAAGAAGUCGAAGAAGGAGAGAAGAAGAAACCACCCCAGAAAGAAACUCAAGACAACGACAGGACGCAGAAAGAAGUCGAAGAAGGAGAGAAGAAGAAACCACCCCAGAAAGAAACUCAAGACAACGACAGGACGCAGAAAGAAGUCGAAGAAGGAGAGAAGAAGAAACCACCCCAGAAAGAAACUCAAGACAGCAACAGGACGCAGAAAGAAGUCGAAGAAGGAGAGAAGAAGAAACCACCCCAGAAAGAGAGUCAAGACAGCAACAGGUGAGAGAAAUUCAUCAAAGAAGAAGAGAAGAAGAAAACAUCCCAGAAAGAAACUCAAGACUGCAGAGAGUUACAACUGCAACAACUACUGCUCGAAUGCGUCUCUGGAGGCAUUUAGAAAAUGCGGCAUUCGAUGAAAAUGCGGCCAGAAGAAACAGGAAUCCGGUCUACUGAUGCUCUUGGCCGUGUCUACACCGUCCAUCCCAACAACUCCGAAUGCUUCCACCUUCGCCUAUUACUACAUGAAGUUAGAGGCCCAACAUCAUUCACGGAUUUGAGAACCGUUCAAGGAAGAGUCUG